UAUCAUAGAGUUCUCAAGAUUGUAAACUCUUCCAUCACUUGCAUGUCCUUAUUAUAUCCUACUCAUAUUCCCACCAUACAAAAAAAACCACACAGUUACACAUAUUAAUUGAUCUCGACUAUUGAUUUAAGAUCGGUAAGAAUACACGUACCUUCAUCAAAUCAUCUUUAACGUUGAUUUGAGAUCAAACGGUUAAGAUCAGUAUAUAUGUCAUGCAUUUACCGCGUGGAAUCCAAAUCUCUUAUCCCUUAUUAUAUAAAGGGUUGAAAGCCACAUCAACAACUCAUAAAAAUCUUCUCCUACCAACAUCUUUCAACUCUCAUUUUACACUUUCACAUUCUCGAUCCAUAAUGGGCAUGGUAUUUGGAAAAAUUGGUGUUGAGACACCAAAAUAUGAAGUGACAAAAACCACACAAGACUAUGAAAUCAGAAUAUAUGCACCUUCUGUAGCAGCUGAAGUCACAUAUGAUCCAUCACAGUUCAAAGGUAACAAAGAUGGUGGUUUCAUGGUUUUAGCAAACUAUAUUGGAGCAUUAGGGAACCCUCAGAACACAAAACCUGAAAAGAUUGCUAUGACUGCACCAGUUAUCACAAAGGGUUCAGCAGAGAAGAUUGCUAUGACAGCACCAGUUGUCACUAAGUCUAGUGAAGAAGGUGAGAGGAACAAGAUGGUGACUAUGCAGUUUAUUUUGCCAUCUAGUUAUGAAAAAGCAGAAGAAGCACCUAAGCCAACUGAUGAAAGGGUUGUGAUAAGAGAGGAAGGUGAGAGGAAAUAUGGAGUGGUGAAGUUUAGUGGUGUGGCUAGUGAUGAAGUGGUGAAGGAGAAGGUGGAGAAGUUGAGGCUGAGUUUGGAGAGAGAUGGUUUUAAGGUUAUUGGGGAUUUUUUAUUGGGUAGGUACAAUCCUCCUUGGACACUUCCAAUGUUUAGGACUAAUGAGGUUAUGAUCCCUAUUGAAUGAACAUGAUCUGUUCAUGACAUAGAUUUCUGUACUUUCUGUUUGUGUUCUGUAAUUUCUGUAUGUUGUUGAUGUUGAGAACUUGGAAUAUGUACUAUGUAGUGACGAAGACUGUUGUUUCAUUCAAUUUUCAAACAAUAAAAUGACAAAUAAAUGUUCACAAUAAUAUAGCAAAUGAAUGUUCUGCAUUUCAGUA